AUGCAAGACAAAAGCUCAGAGUCGGCCAACAAAAACCCUAAGAAGGCUAAUCUCUUAGACCAUCACUCCAUCAAACACAUCCUCGACGAGUCUGUUACUGAGAUCGUGACGAGCCGUGGAUAUGUGGAAGACGUGAGGAUGAGCAAUAUAAGACUGUUUCUCGGAACAAUUAUAAUCGUAAUUGCUCUCUUCGCUCAGUUUUACAAGAAGAAGUUCCCUGAGAACCGUGACUUUCUCAUCCUCUGCAUCCUUCAAGUGUGUUUGAUCUUUGACUCUGGCAAGUAUAUAGUCUUCAAUGGACUAUUGCAGCUUAUCAUAUACACAAAGGAGAAGAAUGCCAUCCUCUUUACGUAUCCUCCAGCGGUUACUGAAUUUUUGAGUAUGUUCUCACGCUGA